AUGGGGCGCCGGGCGCGGGGUCGGAGGCUCCAGCAGCAGCCGCAGGGGCCGCGGCGGCCGGAGGACGUGGAGGACGGCGUCGAGGGCGGCCGGAAGCGCGGCGACGCGGGCUGGGAAGGCGGGUACCCCGAGAUCGUCAAGGAGAACAAGCUGUUCGAGCACUACUACCAGGAGCUCGGGAUCGUGCCCGAGGGCGAGUGGGAACAGUUCAUGCGCGCCCUCCGGGAGCCGCUGCCGGCCACCUUGAGGAUCACCGGCUACAAGAGCCAUGCAAAAGAGAUUCUCCAUUGCUUGAAGAACAAGUAUUUUAAGGAGUUGGAGGACCUGGAGGUGGAUGGUCAGAAAGUUGAAGUUCCACAACCUCUAAGUUGGUAUCCUGAAGAGCUUGCCUGGCACACAAAUUUAAGUCGAAAAAUCUUGAGAAAGUCUCCACAAUUGGAAAGGUUUCAUCAGUUCCUGGUUAGCGAAACUGAAUCUGGAAACAUCAGUCGUCAGGAAGCUGUUAGCAUGAUCCCACCACUGCUUCUUAACGUUGAGCCGCAUCAUAAGAUCUUAGAUAUGUGUGCAGCCCCUGGAUCGAAGACUACACAGUUAAUUGAAAUGCUCCAUGCUGACAUGAAUGUCCCCUUUCCAGAGGGAUUUGUUAUUGCUAAUGAUGUCGACAACAAGCGCUGCUAUCUGCUCGUUCAUCAAGCCAAAAGACUGAGCAGCCCCUGCAUCAUGGUGGUGAACCAUGACGCAUCCAGCAUACCUAGACUCACUGUGGAUGUGGACGGAAGGAAAGAGAUUCUCUUCUACGAUCGAAUUUUAUGUGAUGUCCCUUGCAGUGGAGAUGGAACUAUGAGAAAAAACAUUGAUGUGUGGAAGAAGUGGACCACCUUAAACAGCUUGCAGCUGCACGGCUUACAGCUGCGAAUUGCAACGCGGGGUGCUGAGCAGCUGGCUGAAGGGGGAAGGAUGGUGUACUCCACAUGCUCGCUAAACCCCAUUGAGGACGAAGCCGUCAUCGCGGCUCUGCUGGAGAAGAGUGAAGGUGCUCUUGAGCUUGUGGAUGCAUCUGCUGAGCUUCCAGGACUGAAGUGGAUGCCUGGAGUCUCCCACUGGAAGGUCAUGACCAGAGAUGGGCAGUGGUUUGCAGAGUGGGAUGAGGUUCCCCACAGCAGGCAUACCCAAAUUCGGCCCACAAUGUUCCCACCAAAGGACCCAGAAAAGCUGCAGGCCAUGCACUUGGAGCGGUGCCUUAGAAUAUUACCACAUCAUCAGAAUACCGGAGGGUUCUUUGUGGCGGUUUUGGUCAAAAAGUCUUCAAUGCCGUGGAAUAAACGGCAGCCAAAGGUGCAGAGCAGAUCCGCAGACGCCAGAGAGACUACACAUCCUGUCCCUGUGGCUGACACAGUGGGGAAGCCCGGUGAUUCCUCCGAUCUGGAGAGUCAGACAGUUACUGAAACUGUUGACACAGGAAUAAUGCACACAGCUGAGAAUGCAGAGAACAGCGAGAAUAAGAAAGAUGGCGUGUGUGGUCCUCCUCCAUCAAAGAAAAUGAAGUUAUUUGGAUUUAAAGAAGACCCAUUUGUAUUUAUUCCUGAAGAUGACCCGUUAUUCCCACCAAUUGAGAAAUUCUAUGCUUUGGAUCCUUCGUUCCCAAAGAUGAAUUUGCUAACUAGAACAACAGAGGGGAAGAAAAGGCAGCUGUACAUGGUGUCUAAGGAGCUGAGGAACGUACUCCUGAAUAACAGCGAGAGGAUGAAGGUUAUCAACACAGGGAUAAAAGUCUGGUGUCGAAAUAACAGCGGUGAGGAGUUUGAUUGUGCUUUCCGGUUGGCACAGGAGGGAAUCUAUACGUUGUAUCCAUUUAUUCAUUCGAGAAUCAUUACCGUGUCCAUGGAAGAUGUGAAGAUACUGCUAACCCAGGAAAACCCAUUCUUUAGGAAACUCAGCAGCCAGGCCUGCAGUCAGGUCAAGGACCUGGCAAAGGGAAGUGUCGUGUUGAAGUAUGAACCGGACUCUGCGAGUCCAGAUGACCUGCAGUGCCCCAUUGUGCUGUGUGGAUGGAGGGGAAAGACCUCCAUUAGAACUUUUGUGCCCAAGAACGAGCGGCUUCAUUAUCUGAGGAUGAUGGGGCUGGAGGUGCUGGGAGAAAAGAAGAAAGAGGGCGUCAUUGUCACCAAUGAGAGUGUGGCCAACUCCGAGCGGCUGGAGGAUGAGGAUGGUACUGAGCCAAGAGCACAGGAGGCUGGCAACCCAGACAGUGCCCCAGGCUGUGACCCAGCUGCCUCUGAGCCACCCCGGUGAGGGCACCCUGCACACUGAACUAACUGGUCGUUGCCGUACCUUGGUGUUGGAGACUGAAUCCAGAGCCUCUUCUGAGCUGCAGAGAACACAUUUUAAAAGCCUGGAAACAGGUGGGCUGGUGGCAAUCUGGGGAGAGCAGCAGUUGCUGUCACGCGGAGCUAAGGUAGUUAAGUCUAGGAGCUGCUUGCUUAUACUGUGCACUUUGGCAGAGUGGGGUUAGCGUGUCUGCUGUAACUACUUUGGCCUUAAUGUCCUGCCAAGAAAGAAAACUGUCCUUACAGAAAGCUCAGACCCCUCGUCAUGCCUGUUGUGGCCAUAAGGUCGUCUUUUUUAAGAGUGUUUUGUGGAGAGCCUAAGCCCUUGUGUGAUGCUGCACACUACUGUGUGCUCUGGUGGGUUAGGGUGCACCGGCAGCUCCACGUUACCAUGGGCUGCUGAUGAGUCUGUGCCUUCGCAGUAAAGGGAAGUGAGCUUUCUCACUGGGGGCUCUGUGGAACUGUGGUGCCACUUAUGGGGGCCUAUUGUGCUUUCAUCCAGGGGGCGCUUCACAGUUUUUAUUUUUAAAUGGGAUUGGGGUUCUUUGGAGUGUUUAAAUAAAGAUGUUAAUGGUCA